GUGUUAAAGGUUUCAAAUGAUUCAAAACAAAACAAAGCUUUCUUCAAUUAAAAAAGAAGAAGAAGAAGGUUUGUCAUAUUGCCAACUAAUACAAUUUAUACGCUUUGGUGGUAUUGAAGGUAUCAAAGAUUCAACAAGAAUUAAGAUUUCUCUAAGAUAUCAAAAGAUUCAAAGCUAUGAGGAUGGUUAUGGGUUUAUGGGUUCUAUUUGUUGUUGGGUUUGUUAGCAAAUGUGUAGAUGGGUUUGAGUAUUUCAAUCUGACAGAGCUUCGAUUUGAAUCUUUCUAUGGAGUCUCUGCUUCCAACGGACGACUAGUAGAUUGCAAAUGUGCUUUUGAGGCUAUUUUCAACUUUGGCGAUUCGAAUUCCGACACGGGCGGGUUUUGGGCAGCUUUUCCCUCACAGUCCGGGCCUUAUGGGAUGACCUACUUCAAGAAACCGGCCGGUCGGGCUACUGAUGGGAGGCUCAUGAUUGAUUUCUUAGCUCAAGCUCUAGGGUUGCCAUUUUUGAGCCCAUAUUUGCAAUCAAUUGGAUCAGAUUACAGACAUGGGGCCAACUUUGCAACAUCAGCAUCAACAGUUCUCCUGCCACAAAGUUCCCUAUUUGUCUCUGGGCUAAGCCCUUUUGCUCUGCCCAUUCAGCUCAACCAAAUGAAGCAUUUCAAGGUUAAAGUUGAUGAACCUCAAUCUAAUGGAUCAAACAAUCUUCCACAGCCAGACAUAUUUGAAAAAUCAAUAUUCACGUUCUAUAUUGGUCAGAAUGACUUCACUUCCGACUUAGGAUCUCUUGGCAUGAGUGGGUCAAAGAUUAUGCUUUCUCAAGUGGUUUCCCAAAUUGCCGCCACCAUUAAGGAAUUAUACGGGCUAGGAGGACGGACAUUUCUGGUACUUAAUCUAGCACCGGUGGGUUGUUACCCGUUGUUUUUGGCGGGGCUACCACACAAUAGCUCCGACCUUGAUGCAUUCGGAUGCGUAAUUUCCUAUAACAAUGCAGUGGUGGACUACAACAACAUGUUGAAGGAAGCUCUGAAUCAAACCAGACAAGCAAUCCCAGAUGCUUCUUUGAUAUAUGUGGAUACUCAUGCUAUUCUGCUGGAGCUCUUCCAGCACCCCACAUCUCAUGGAUUGAAGUAUGGUCCAAGAGCAUGCUGUGGAUAUGGGGAUGGAGAUUACAAUUUUGACCCUAAGGUGUACUGUGGAAACACUAAGGUAAUCAAUGGGAGUACUCUCAUAGCAACAGCUUGUAGUGAUCCGUACAACUAUGUGAGUUGGGAUGGAAUACAUGCCACUGAGGCUGCAAACAAGCUUGUCACAUAUGCUAUUCUCAAUGGCUCUUACUUUGAUCCUCCAUUUCCUCUUCAUCAGCUUUGUGAUCUCAAACCUAUAGACUAAUGUAUUUAUCUUUCUGAACUUAGGAUUGUAAUAAAUAAUACAACAAUGGGUUAAUUUCACUUUACCCCCUCAAUUUUAAAACGUACAUUUAGACCUUUUUCUUCUCUCCACGAAUGAAAUGAGAGAGAAAGUCAGAGGAAAAAACUCAUUUUCUCUUUCCGAGAUCCGAGAGUGGAGAAUAUAUACUAUUCUUUGGGUUCGUAGGAUCAAAUGUAAAGAGUUUUAAACUUGUCUUCAUAGAAUUUUAAGCAGCAAGAGACUUCAGGGCUUGUUGGAGCUGCUGAAUAUAACGAAUCGAAGCUGAAUAUGGAUCAAGGUAGCUUGUCUACCAAGUCAAUAGGCAAAGGGCAUUGCUACACUUUCACCCUCUCCAGAAAAGGGUUUCUUCGUAUGGGUUUUGAUAGUUGAGGAUUUAAAUGUAUGGUUUUAAAGUUAAAGUGGUGAGUAAGGAUUUAAAUGUACGGUUUUAAAAAUAAUCAAUCUCCUGUGAGUGUUGUAAUAUGUUUAUUUAGUUAUGAAACAAGUUUAUUACUUGAGUUCAA